GUCAAGCCAAACCAACCAAACCGAAACUGUGGAAUGUUUUUUUUGUUGUGGUAUAUUAAAUGGUGUUCUGGUUUGGUAGAUGUAAUAUUGUGAACUGAAUAUGAAUAACUAAUUAGAGUUUUGUUUAGAAAUGUAUAUUGUGUAAUAAAUAAACUAAGAUGCCACCAACAGUACAAACAAAUGAAACGGAACGCGAGAAGCGCCCUCAGCGGACGGGGGAACGAAGGUCUGAGCUAGUCACCCGUGUGAAAUACUUCAACACCUUACCGGACAUUCCUUUUGACUUGAAAUUCAUAACAUACCCUUUUCCAUCUACCCGUUUCAUACAAUACAACCCUACGUCGUUGGAGAAGAAUUAUCGGUACGAAGUGCUUACUGAACACGACCUUGGGGUUCACAUAGACUUGAUAAACCGGGAUAUAUAUCAGGGAGACGGCAAUACCGUGCUAGAUCCAGCAGAUGAAAAAUUAUUGGAGGAUGAUGUGUUGACACCACAAGACUCCAAGCGGUCCCGGCAUCAUGCGAAAAAUGUCUCAUGGUUACGUCGGUCUGAGUAUAUCUCUACCGAACAGACAAGGUUUCAGCCUCAGUCUAUGGAAAAGGUUGAAGCAAAAGUGGGUUACAAUGUCAAGAAAAUAUUCAGCGAGGAAACCUUGUACAUGGACCGUGAGAGUCAAAUCAAAGCUAUCGAGAAAACAUUUGAGGACAACAAGAAGCCAAUUGAAAAGCACUACAGCAAGCCCGGAGUCACUCCGGUGGAGGUCAUGCCGGUGUUCCCUGACUUUGACAUGUGGAAGUAUCCAUGUGCUCAGGUCAUAUUUGACUCGGAUCCCGCUCCAUCUGAUAAGAAUAUUGCAGGACAGAUUGAGGCUAUGUCUCAAGCUAUGAUUCGAGGUGUGAUGGAUGAGAGUGGUGAACAAUUCGUCGCCUACUGCUUACCCACCGAGGAGACGAUACAGAAGCGUCGUCGUGACAUUGCAGAGAAUAUACCGUACAUGGACGGAGACACAUAUGAGUAUAAAAUGGCUAGGGAGUACAAUUGGAACGUCAAGAGUAAGGCUUCUAAGGGCUACGAAGAGAACUAUUUCUUGGUGGUCCGCAACCACUGCGUGUACUACAACGAGUUGGAGACCCGCGUGCGGCUGUCGAAGCGCCGCGCCCGAGCCGGCGUGGCCGCGCAAGCCCUCACCAGGCUCGUGGUCACCCACCGUCCGCUCAGCGGGCCAGAGCAUCGCAUGCUCAGGCUGAGGGAGAAACAAUUGGAGCCUCCGCAGGAAGAUGACGAAGAAGAAGAGGAAGAUGAUGACGAGGAAGAAGAAGAUAAACAAGAACAAAACAAUGAGAAAGAAAGAUCUCGUUCUAGAUCAAAAUCGGGCUCAAAAUCUCCAGCCGGAUCAGAGAAAUCGAAAGCUUCCAGAUCAAGGUCCGGAUCUCGCGAGCGAUCUAGAUCCAAAUCUAGGUCAAAAUCCAGGAGCAGGUCGCGCUCGGGGUCUGGAUCCAGGAAGUCCCGGUCUAGGUCGGGCUCGGCCCAAUCUGGGUCAGCAAGGUCACGUUCAGGCUCAGCCCGUUCCCGGUCCCAGUCUCGUUCUCGUUCCCGGUCCAAAUCUGGUUCCCGCGCGAGUUCCCGCGCCAGUUCCCGAAGCGGGAAGGGAUCGCGGGCCAGCUCUAGAGCUUCAAGGGCCAGUAAUAAGGGCUCCAGGGGGACCUCCCGCGCGUCGUCCCGGGGCAGUAACGCCAGCAAGCGGUCUUCGAGGGCGUCGUCCCGCGCCUCCAGCAAGGGCUCCCGGGCCUCGUCCCGCGCCUCCACCAACAAGUCGGGCUCCGCUAGCGGCUCGGAACGAUCUAGAAGUCGCUCUGUUAGCGGUUCGAGACAGGGAUCCAGAAGCGGGUCUGCGUCAAGCGCGACUUCUAAACAUAGUGGCUAAAUCUGAAUUAAGUUAUUGUGACAACUUCCUAAUGAUAGCAAUAAAAUAUAAUGACG